AUGGACAGACUGCAGUGUGUGCUGUUGGUGCUCUGCUUCCAAAACUGCUGGCAUCUGCUCCAAGCUGUGGAACAAGCUGCCCUGCGUUUUGCCGUGCUCGCUGACUGGGGUGGUAUUCCUCUCCCUCCCUACUAUACUCCUCAUGAGGAGGCUGUCGCUGCAGAGGUGGACAGGCUGGCCCAGACCGAGGGAGUGGACUUUGUUCUCAGCCUGGGAGACCACUUCUACUUUAGCGGUGUCAAGGAUGUGGAAGACUUCCGCUUCAAGGACACAUUCGAAAGGGUCUUCUCUCAGCCCUCUCUGCUGCACAUCCCAUGGUACCUGGUCGGUGGAAACCACGACCACAGGGGCAACAUUUCAGCUCAGAUGGCUUACUCUGACAUAUCCGACAGAUGGAAUUACCCAGGCCUCUAUUAUGACCUCCAAUUUAAUGUUCCACACACAAAUGUGUCAGUAAGUAUUCUGAUGAUUGAUACAGUGGUGUUAUGUGGAAAUACCUAUGACGAAAUUCAGCCUUCAGGACCAGAGAACCUCAGAGCAGCAGAUCAUCAGUGGGACUGGAUCACAUCUAAACUUGCCAGCAGCAGGUCAGACUAUGUUGUGGUGGCCGGUCAUUAUCCUGUGUGGUCCAUUGGUAAUCAUGGACCAACCUCCUGUCUGGUCAAAAAACUGAGGCCCCUACUGAAGAAAUACAGAGUCACUGCGUACCUGUGCGGCCAUGACCACAAUCUGCAGUUUAUCAGAGAGGAUGAUGGGAGCUCAUAUGUAGUCAGCGGGAGUGGGAUGGUCAGCGACAUCAACACCAGACACAGAGACAGUGUUCCUCUGACCUGGCAGCUAUACUCCAGUCCUGUCAAUCACACAGUAGGAGGUCUGGCAUACUUCCAGGUCACUGAGCAUCAGAUGACGGUCAGUUUCAUGCAGAUAGAUGGGAAAUGUGUUUAUCAGGCAAAGCUACCGACCCGCACAGUCUAUAGAGAUACACUGUAAUGCUAUAGUCAUAGAGGAAGUGCAAUAUUAUUUGUAUGUGUGGUGAAUAGUGCUUACGUUUGAUUAUUACUAUGGUUCAGUGGAUUUUUGAAGGCCAGUAACAAUAGUUUAAAACUGAAGUUAAUUAUAACUCAAGUGGUAAAGUUUUACUGUUUGAGUUAGUUAAAUUGUGAUUAAAAUCAUGUGUAUAUUCACACUGUAUUGUACUGUAUGUAUUGAAAGUCUGUGUGUGUACAAAAAUAUAAACUGUGUAAUAGGC